GCGGUGGGAGGGGCAAGUCCCGUCCCCCCUUCUGAGCACAUGCUCCCAGGCGCCAAGGGUUGUGGCCCGGCUGAAGCCGGGAGGCUCCACCCCACACUCCGGCUGCCUCUCUCCGCGGCCAGGGCUGGAGGGUGCGAUCCAGGGGCAGGUGGCCCAGCCCAGCUGCCGGUGGCGGCGGGUUGGAGGGUGGCAACAUCCCAGCAGCGGGUGCCCCCGGCCCGCCCCGUCGCACUCGCCGCCCUAGGGAAAGGCCGGUCGCUUCGUGGCUCACUGUGGGAGCCGGAGCGGCAACAGCGCGCUUGGCUCCUUUGUCUGGUUUCUCUUUCCCUUCCCGGCACAGACACACACACGUGCUGCCCCGGCCUCCCCUGGGGGCGCGUCGCGGGCAGCGGGAGCCGGAGCCAGAGCCCGGCUGCUGGCGAGCCGCUGGGGAGCUGCCGGAGCGGAGAUGAAGCCCCUGACUAGGCGCUGCUGCUCCGAGGAGGGGCUGCUGCUGCAGGUCACCCUCCUGCUCAGCCUGGCGGGGCUGCGGCUGGACCUGGAUCUCCUCCGGCGCCGGGCCCCGGACAUUUCCUACGCGGGGAGCAGCCCUCCGCACCCUAAGUGCCCAGAGCGGGACUGGGACCGGCUGCUGCUGCUCCGGGAGGUGCGGGCGCUGGGGGGCCCUUACAUCCCCAGCACCCGCCUGGACACCUGGCUGGUGCACGCCGUGGCCGGCGAGGAGAAUGGGGCGCUCCCCUCCUCGCCUGUCAGUGGCGCCGGCGGAGAUGGCCCCAGCGAAAGCGGUGCCCAGGAUGGCCCCAGCCACUCCCGCUCCGUCCGGGGGAGCAGCCUGCAGCAGCAGGCCCAGGAGGAAGGGGAUGGAGGAGUUGCAGCGGCCCCCCGAGCCGAGCCCAGCCCUGGGGGAAGUGACUGCCCUACCCUAGAGGAUGUAGACUUGGAAACUGGUCAGGAAGCUUUGGAUUACUAUUAUCCGCAUAAAGGAAGUGAACAAUCAGAAUCACAAGAGGGGGAGGAGAAGAUAAAGCAGGUGAAUGAAGAAGAAAAUGAAAAAAAGGCUAAACCUGAGGGGGAAGAGAGAGAAAAUACAGAUUCUAGCACUGAGAGCAACAGAAAUUCCAUAAAUUCCUUUCCCUUCUUGGAGGACUAUUUGCUGCUGCAGUCAUCACAGACAGAAAAUGCACUAGAGAGCAUAAUUGAAAACACCAGCUCUACCUCCCAGUCUACAGCAGGGCUAGUACGUGAUAACUCCAUAGAAGAAAUAUGGCAAGACUUUCUUCUGUCACCUGAGCUACAGGAGAUUUCACUGGGAGAUUCUCAACCUGUUGCUAGUAGUAGUAGAGGCAUGAAUUCAUUAUCCUCUCACUACACUGUAAAUUUGACCCAGGCUAUUAGCCAUGACGUUAGCCUCCGUGAAGCUAUGUUACUGAGAUCAAACCACAGCACUAGGGUAAAUCCAGAAAUAAGGAGUGUACAGAGACAAGAGUCGUUUCUGCAGUUAAAUUCUAGCAUCACAAACCCCGAAUCAUUACUUAAUGGGACUAAUUUGGGGUUAUUUCCAUCUGUUGACAUUAGGAACUUAACAAACCAGGAUCUUCUUUCAGACCUUGAUGAGAACAUAUUUGAUGAGAUAAAUCUAAUGGCAUUAGUAUUGGAAGAAGGUUUUGAUCCUAUACAAGUCUCUCAGCUUUUUGAAGAACUUGACUCAGAUUCUGGACUUUCUUUAAAUUCAAGCCAGAGCACAACCUCUUCAAACAAUUCUGAUUCAUCAUAUGUUCCAACCUGCAAUGAAGGUGCCGUUGGAUACAGUAGCAAUAUAGAAUAUAUUUCCCACAAUGGCUUAGGAGCUGUAGGGGGUCGUUACCUAGAGCAUAAUAAACACUGCCAUAUGGACUAUCAAAGCGAUUCAGACUAUUGUGGGGAAUCCACACUUCAACAUAUUCUUCAUAACCACACUUACAAUCAGUUGCCAAAUGAAUUAGGAUCCACUUCUAAGAAUCAUUCUUCAUCAUCUGGGAAAUCAAACGAAGUAAAGGGCAGGUGCCUCACAGAUAAUCUUAGCCAUGAUGAAUGCUAUGUGAAAGCCUUGAGAAUUCCAUUUUCUGUAGAUGAAAUUGUGAGCAUGCCUACUGAUGUGUUCAACAACAUGUUAUCCAAGUUCUAUCUGACAGAUACUCAAAUAUCACUUAUACGUGACAUAAGGCGAAGAGGAAAAAACAAGGUUGCUGCUCAGAACUGCCGCAAACGUAAACUAGAUGUGAUCCUGAACUUGGAAGAUGAUGUGUGUAAGCUUCAAGCCCAAAAAGAAAGCCUUAAGAAGCAGAAAUCUCAGUGCAAUAAAUCAAUUAGCCUUAUGAAGCAAAAACUAAAUGACCUUUAUUAUGUAAUUUUUAGUAGGUUAAGGGAUGACCAGGGCAGACCUGUUAAUCCAAGCCAGUAUGCUCUUCAUUGCAGUAGUAAUGGCAGGGUUUUGAUAAUACCUAAGAGACUGGUCACAUCAGAACAGAAACAAGAUAACCAAAAAGAACGGAAACAAAAAUAAGUAAUAUUAAGAUCGCUACAUUAUUUAGAACUCAUUGUGCUGACAGUGUGGUGAAGAUAGUGGCAUAAAUGCUGGAGGCCAAGAAUGCUUAUGAACAUGUUAAAAAAGAAAAGAGACCCCAACUGUAAUAUUUUGAGACUUGUGCAUGUGGCCUGCAUCUUUAAUUAUUGGGAUGGUUUUUAUAUAUAAAUAUAGUAAAUUGUCAACACUUAGAAGCUACAGCAGUAAAAAUGUGCUAGUUUGACUGAGCUGGUGAAAUGUAAUUAGUCACUGGAGGAUGCUAGCCCACCAGCAGAAAUAGAAUUUCUACUUAGUGUGGAUUUAUUGCCUUUAAAUGAGUUUGCACACAGUAUUUGCAAAUAAAUAUUUCACUGACAUAAUUGUAUGGAAAAAGGGUUGGAGGGAGCAGACAGGUAUAUAAGUUGUCACACUUGGAACUAGGAGACUUCUCCCUAUUUUGGAGAGAAAUUGAAGGAUCAAUGCAAAAAACAAACAAACAAAAAACCCACAAAAUUGAGAUCAGUUGCAGAUGGAGGGAAAAAACAUUUUCUUCCUAACUACAAAACUCUUGAAAGGUAAAGUGGCCUUAGAUUUUGAUUUAGUCUAUUAAAACUGGCAUAGUUUUUUAAAAGCAGAAGACUUAGAUUUACAAAGGUUUGACUUAAAUUCCAGGUGGUUUUAUGUCUUUAUCAUUUUUAACUUUUUAGGGGUAUAAAUUAUUCUUUUUGUACUAGUUUUCUGAAGAGGUCUUGGAGUAGGGUGACCAGAUGUCCCAAUUUUAUAGGGACAGUCCUGAUUUUUGGGUCUAUUUCAUAUAUAGGCUCCUAUUACCUCCCACCCCGUCCUGAUUUUUCGCACUUGCUGGCUGUCUGGUCACCCUAUCCUGGAGACUAUUCAGACUUUUCCUCUCUCCCACAAAAUAAAGACAGACACACACCCAAACACAAACACACACACACACACACACACACACACACUUAUAGUUGUAGUCUCAAGCAAACUGGCAUUGCUCAUUAAUUUUAUACUUCUUUUGACAUUUUUCCCUCUAAAUACAUAUUGAAGUAAAUUGUAUCUGCUUCAACACUGUUACACUAUAGUCUUAUGCCAGGAUAACACCAUUGACUUUUCUAUGUAAACAUGAAAGAAUGCAGUGGUGAAUCAGACACUUUCUCUGAUUUGUGUGUUUUCAAAUACGUGAAGUACUAUCUACUGUCUUUUUUCAGUCUGGAUAACUUAAUUUUUCUCUUUUAUCCAAAGCAAAAUUACUAGUUUUUCUUACAUUUUUAGGUUGUUUUAAAAUUAAUCUUUUGUAAGCACCUUUAAAAAUUCUGUUUAAAAACAAAUUAAAGUCAAAUUUGCCAAGAGUUCUCAAAUGUGCCAGGUAAAAUCAACUGCAUUAUAUUACUUGCCUUACGAUUGCUUAGAGUGAAGACAUACUAGCUUUAGCUUAGGAUGUGGAUUUAUCUGUGCCAUGAAAUCUGCAAAGGCAUUUACAUCCUUAUUCACAAUAGAUCAUUUUCUCUCUUUUAUACAUAUCCUAAAAUAGGUCUGAAAAGGUAUUAUAAGAAAUAAGUAUGUAGCGAUGAGAUAAGAACUUACACCAAAAAUGUUACCUUUUAAGUAUCAUAAACAUCAGACACAGAAUGUAGUUAUGUGGAUAUCUGGGAUCCUAACACAAAAAUUGGGACAUGGUUUAAAAAAAAAAACAAAAA